AUGGAACUUUUUCCCGAAGAGUUAACAAACGCUUUUGAAUUUAAGGAUCACCUCAAUUUUGGAGGUUAUGGAACUAUCUAUCGAGCCAUAAAGAGAAGUAAUUUUUAUUCAGGCAAUGGGCAAAUGUAUGCAAUAAAGGCUGUAGCCAGAACUAGCACAGGGUCAACCUGGAAGGAUAUUGGAGCAGAGCUACAAGUACUCUCAUGGGCUAAUCCAUACAAACUUCGUUUAGACUCCUUUUUUGUUAAAGGGGAAACUUUCUACAUGGUCAUAGAUUAUUGCCAAAAUGGUGACCUUCUUAAAGCCGUAGUUGAUAAGAUUUGUGCCCAUGAAAUAUUUGAAGAGGACGAAAUCUGAAAAUAUUUUAUCCAGAUCUGCUUUGGGCUCGAGUCUUUGCACUACAACGGAUUUAUUCAUCGAGAUCUUCAUCCACAAAAUAUCCUUUUAGACGAAAAUAAAGAUAUUAAAAUAGCUGAUUUUGGCACUUCUCGCUCUUUACUCACCAAAACAAUUCAGGGUGUUGCCAGCUACCAGUCUCCUAGGACUCAUAGUGGAGAUCUCCAGGUUAAAGAAAGUGAUGUUUGGGCAGUAGGCUGCAUUUUGUAUUAUCUCUGCAACCUUGAGCAUCCUUUUGGCGAUAAUGUGAAUAAAAUAAAAAAUGAGCCUCAUAGGCCAAUAAGAAGCGAAUACUCUAAUGAAUUGAGGUAUUUCGUUGAUUGAUGCCUAAAGAAGAGGCGAGAAGAUAGGCCAACAAUAGUUGAUAUCUUAACUAAUGAGUUUAUAGUCAAUAAAACUCUAAGCUUAGGUAUUACAAUUCCACAAACAUCUGCUAUGAAUGCAGCUAUUUACCAAAUCCAACUUGAGAAAGAAAGGGAAAGAAAUGAGCAGCUUAAAAAGGAGUUAUCUAAAUAUAGAAAAGAGAGCAUAGCCCGGAAAAAUGAAAUUGGGUCGCUUAAAGAAGAAAUAGGCUACUUAAACAGCAUAAUAAAUGAGAAUAAAAAGAGUGAGAAAGAUCUCAAAGACAGGAUUGAAGACCUGCUUAAUUCUCAAAUGAUUAAGAUUCCUCAAGCCCAAAUGAUCCAAGAGCUAAGAGAGAAGAGAUCUGAAAUUUUAAAUAGAUCAAAUGGCCCAGAAUUAGAGCAAGACUUUAGAAGAACCUGCUCAAAGUGCAGUAGCGAUAUUUAUGCUCUUCAGCAAGCUUAUCAAGAUUAUACUAAUGCUUAUCGCCAAAAAGCAUCUCUUUAUACAAUUACAGGAAAAGACAGCAGAACUAAUUUGAUUAUUUAUGAUACAGAAAAUAAUAUUAAGGAAGUCAGGAUUGUAGAGACUCCUCAACCUCUGGAUUGGGGUACUUGCAUUACUCAGCUUCCUAACGGUAAUUUAUUUUGCUUUGGUAAUAGCGAACUUUCUGGAGUUUCAUUGAUAAUUGGCGAGAAUAAUAUUUUCAAAGAGCUGCCAUCUGGAACUCCUUGCUGUGCCUCAUCAGCUAUCUACUUCAAUAAUAGUGUUUAUUGCUUUGGAGGAUGAAAUAAUCAAAAUUUAACUCUUUCAAAGAGAUUUGAUUUAAAUAAAAGCCGAUGAAUUAAAUUAGAGCCACUGCCACAAGCCGAUUGCCAUUGCAAUAGUGUAAUAUUUAAUGGGGAUAUUGUGAUUUCUGGAUAUGAUAAUAAAAAUCUUUUGAGGUAUUCAAUUGGUAGCAACACUUUCGUAGCAACUCCUUAUGAUUUUCAAGCUCGUAAAGGCAAGAUUCUUAUAAGUACAGAGAAACUGUAUUUAAUUGAAUGUGGUAGUAAUGGAUCAAUCUAUGAAAGCGAAUUGUCAAAUGACACUGCCUGGAGACGAAUUGGAGACUCAGUAAUAAGAUCUGAUUUGGAUCAAGUUUAUUUGUCAUAUAAUAAAGGAGGAAUAAACAUUGUAUACCUUUAUGGUGAUCCUACUAGUUACUUCAAGUUUAAUUUAGAGACGAAAAGAUUAAAUAAGCUAGAUUAA